UAAUGGGAAAUUGUUGUGGAGGUCAUAAUCUAACAAAUGCGAAUUUUUAGAUAGCGAGUUACGAUUUGAUCUACUAAGAUCCAUCCAAAUUUGAUUUUGCACUUUUAAAUAAAAAGGCUUUAUAGAUAUAGAGUAUGUUUCUAAAAUAAUGAAUCUAAGAAUUUUUUAGAGGUUAUGAAGUAAGAAAAAAAAUGAAAAAAUAACAGACAAAGUAAUUAGCAUAGACAUCUGAUGAAAGUUUCAUUUAUCAAUAUAGAUCAAAUCAAAAGGAAAAUGUUAAUAACAAAUAAAAUGUUUUAAAAUUUAACAUUGAUGGUUAAUAGCAUAUUCCUGUGUUUAAUGUAAAAGAAGUUAAUAUCAGCUCAAAGUACUCCGAUAAAAUAAAAAUUGUAAUAAAUGAUCCUUCUAUCAAAGGUUCUUGAUAAGUUGGAUCCAUUUAAUUUCGAUUAAGAUGGUUAGUUCGUUGAGUAUCCUUUUUCGAAACCAUUGUUGAUUGGUGAUGUUAUAUAUGAAGGUUAAUGGAAUAAUUGGUAUUUGAUUUAAUUUAUGAAGUUAAAAACAUGGGAGAGGAAGAUAAUUUUGGAUUGAUGGAUCAUAUUAUGAAGGAUAUUGGUUCAAUAAUUGUUAACAUGGUAAAGGCAGAUUGUUAUUGGCUCAAGGAGAUAUUUAUGAAGGAGAUUGGAAAAAUGAUAAAGUUCAUGGUUUUGUAAUAUCAUUAAUUAUUAAUAGUAGGGUACUUACAUUCAUUAGAAUGGAGCUAAGUAUUAAGGAUAUUGGGAAAAUGAUAAAUAGCAUGGAAAAGGAAAGGAAUUCUGGCCGGAUGGAGCAACUUUUGAAGGAGACUACAAGAAUGGAUAAAAGAAUGGAUUUGGAAUCUUAAGAGAGGCUGAUGGAUCAGUUUAUGAAGGAGAGUUUUAAGAGAAUAGAUUUGAAGGUCAUGGAGAUUAUAUGAUUGUGGGUGGAAAGAGAUAUGUUGGAUAGUAUAAAAACAAUAAGAUGCAUGGAAAAGGGGUGAGUUUGGUAUUCUUAUAUUUAUAGACUUUUUAUUGGAAAGAUGGCAAGAAGUAUGAAGGCGAUUAUGUUAAUGGUGUUAAAUAAGGAUAUGGCGUGUUAUUUUAUCCAGACGGAAGGGUAUCUAUCGAAUAAAUACAAGAUUUUCAAAGGAUAUUGGUAGAAUGGAAAACAGCAUGGGAUAGGGAUCUAUAUAGGGAAAUCAAAGGUUGAGAAGGAAGGAGAAUGGAUUGAUGGGAAGAGAGUUAGAUGGAUAAGGAAAGGAGGAGAGUUUACGAUUAUUGAAUCUUGA